UCAGAACACUUGAAUUACAAUAUGCUGAAAGGUUAUUAUGGAAUUUUUGCCCAAAGAUGCCAAAAACGUUCUGCCUACUGCCACUUUAAUAUCAAAAUUUGUGUCAAAAAGGAAAUGAAUUAAAUAGAAAGCUGAAUAUAUUGUGGAACAACCAGAAACAAGAGUAUUUAUCUGAUUGCUGUGAGCAGUUUCAGUCUGAUUGGACUUUUGUCUUUCAGCAAGUCUUCAGCUCAAGUGUGAUAAAAGGGACAUCACAGCACAUAUUGGAGGUGAGCUCCUUCUUAAGUGCGAGUAUGAAGCAAACCGAUUCUUGUACAGUAAAAAGUACUGGUGCCGUGGGGACUCUAGAAGCACCUGUGAGAUUUUGGUAGAUUCGGAUGGCAGUCCCAGAAAAACACACAGGUCUCAAAUAGUAGAUACAGGAAGAAGAGGCCUGUUUGUGAAAGUCACUAAUCUCCAAUUUGACGACGCUGGAGUGUACUGGGUUGGGAUUGACAAAAUAUAUGCUGACAUCAUGACUUCAGUUAAAGUGGUUAUCACUGAAGUUCCAGUAUCUAAACCCAGACUUUGGCCCUUGAGCUCUCUUGUGGACAGGCCGACAUGUUGGGGUCAGCCAGUGACCGUGCGCUGUGGUUGUACAAAGGGCACUGGCGUCCGUUACGCCUGGUACCAACACACACACCAUGAGGAUUUUCUGCUUCACAACUCGUCAGACUUAUACCUACACUGCGGCACUGUGCAAAAGGACGGCGAUUAUUACUGUAUAGCCAGUAAUGACAUAAGCAGUCAUGAGAGUGAUAUCUUCUCUGUGCGGGUUCUGACGCCUGCAGACCACAGCUGUAUCUAUGCCGUUUCUAUGCAGGGCCAACCCUUUUAUGACUGUGACAACAGAAUGAGCACCUGCCAAACCACCGUGAAAAUCCAGCAAACCACCGUGAAAAUCCACUCUGACACAAGAAACCGGUCUUUACUAAUCAAUCAAACUGAUCAAGAUCUGUUUUUUAGCAGGGCAUGGACAGGAGUGCCAUUUUGGUAUACAUUGCUGCGUUGGGGUGCUUUUGCGGCCUUACUGAUAUUUCUGUGCAUAGUACUCAAAUGUACAAAAGCAAGACAGAAACGUGCCCAGAGGAAGAGGAGGGUUCGCGUCAGGCGAAUGCCCCAGUUGGCUCACUGACCUGCAGUUUACAGUGGUAGUUCUUUGGAAGUCGUAUGUUAAUGAUUUGUAAAGAGUCUGAGUCAUAACGUACGUCAGCGUGUUUAUCAGUGUCUCAUUGCAGCAUUUAUCAAACUGAUCAGCGUUGUAUUCUAUUUCAAGUGAUAGCUUUCCAAUACCAACACAUACACAUACAAGUUAUGUGAGGUCUUUGCUUGCCUUACCAAGAGGUGAAAAAAAGAGGAAUGAUCUGUCACCAUGUUUGCUAAAAUAAUAGGCUACUAUAAUAACAUUGCAUUUGUUACAUUUUAUAUUAAAAUGAAAUAGUUUUAACCCUCUGAGACCUGCCGACUUUACUGUCUUUUAGAGGCUCCAGUAGGUUCA